AUCACGCGUUGGUUCUGUUUGGUUAGCAACCACGUUGUAACUAUUGUAAGGGCUAAGGGCGACUGUGUUGUUGGGAUACACACUGCAGAUAAACUGAAGGAAUAGAAACACGCAAUGGAGGGUCUGCCGUUUCUUCCAGGGAAUUCCUUCAGGGACCCAACUAAAAAUAAGUACCACAGAAGCCAUUCCUUAAACUAUAAGAAUGGUUAUUCUAUCCCCACACUACCAACAUCUGGUAUUGGAGGAGAACCCAUCAUGUACAACCAACUGAGUGAACAAGAGCUAGAUGAGCUGGCCAACUUUAACCCAACUCUGACAUAUGGACAGGCAAAACAGGCUCCACCUGAGGAUUUUGUACCAGCACACAAAGCUUGGGACAAGAAGGUGCUGCGGUUUAAUGCUUACUUCAAGCAAACUGUACAUGAGUCUCCUGCAGAAUAUUUCAGAGUCCGACCAGUAGAUAUCUAUUAUUACCUGGAAGAUGACAGCAUAUCUGUAGUAGAGCCUCAUGUAGAAAACAGCGGAAUGCCACAAGGAAAACUCAUCAAGAGACAGAGACUUCCAAAGAAUGACCAGGGAGACAACUGGCACUGGAAAGAUCUGAACAAUGGGAACAAUGCCACCUUCUAUGGAAAGGUUUUCCACAUCGUAAACUGUGACAAAUUUACAAAAGAUUUCCUAGAGAGUGAAGGUUUGGAGGUGAACCCCUCAGAGGAAAUGCCUACAGAUCCUUACAUCGAGAGGAGGAAGGAUGCUGCAGCCCUCAGAACCUACCAAACUCCAUCCGCUUUUGAUAAAACCAAACAGUUUCUGGAGAUGGACCGUAAAGUGCUUCGAUUCUAUUGCGUCUGGGAUGACAGGGAUAACAUGUUUGGAGAAACACGCCCCUAUGUCAUUCAUUAUUACUUGGUGGAUGAUACUUUGGAAGUUAGGGAAGUGCACACACCCAAUGAUGGAAGAGAUCCCUUCCCUGUCCUGAUUGGAAGACACAAGGUCCCCAAAAACAGAUACAAUGUGGAGUCCUCCUUCCCAGCAGUAGUGGUGGAAUUAUCAGAUAAUGAAAUCAAAGAAUAUUACACACCAAAAGACUUCAAAUUAGGAGCAACUGUUCCAAUCUAUGGAAGAAAAUUCCUUAUUUAUGAUUGUGAUAACUUCACAAAGGCUUUCUACUACCAUCACUUUGGACAAACAGAAUUCAACUCCUUGGAUGUCAAAGAGAAACUUAGGGAACUGCCUAAAAUGGAGAUUCCCCCAUACAAUCACUUUGGAUCCCUUGAAGACUCCCUACAGUCCUGCCUGUCUCUGAUUCCCCAGCCCCCCAAGAAAGACUUCAUUAAGAUGCUGGAGAAUGACCACAAAGUCCUCCGAUUUGAAGCAGUCAUGGAUUCUGUCAGGCCUGAGGAUAAUGGACGUAGAUUCAUCUUAUGCUACAGACUUGCUGAUGACAUGAUGACCAUCUAUGAACCUCCUGUCAGGAACUCAGGUAUCAUUGGAGGAAAGUUCCUGGAAAGAACCAGGGUGGCAAAGCCCAGCUCUGCCCCUGACCAGCCCACAUUCUAUGGUCCUCAGGACUUCUACAUCGGUGCUGUCGUUGAUAUCUUCAAGCAUCGCUUUGUUAUCAUCAGUGCUGAUGAGUAUGUGCUGAAAUAUAUGGAGGAGCACAAAUCUCAGUUCCCGGAGGCCACCAUUCAGACACUCCGGGAUCAUCUGGGCCAAGCGAGAGCUCAGAAAGAAAUGAUCAAAGGUGGACCCAUGAAAGUUAGGAGAAGUCCUGGAGAUUUGGACAUCCUUGUAAAACAAGUAAGAGCUCAAUUGAAGAAGAUUGCCAUCACUGACAAAACUCGUGUGGAUGAGAUGUUCCUUCGCUACAACAAGGAUCGCAGUGGAUUCAUUGAUGCAGCCAACAUGAGAAAUUUAUGUCGUAGCUUACAGUUGCCAGUGGAUGAUGAUGUCAUAGCAGCUCUUAUUGGACAGUGUACAUCUGAUCCUGAGGGAAAGAUCAGCUUAGAGGACUUUAGAAGAUUUGUGGAAAGUUCAUGAAGAAAACAUGUUAACUAACCUUUCUACUGUGAUAUGUGACAAAUGAAACCUUUUUUAAUCAUUGCAAUACAGAUACAGAUUCUGUCCAAACCAUUCUUUGCUAUAUUGUACAUAACUGUUAGAUUUUACAAAUCAGGAUUUUAAAUACUUUGUCGUAUUAUAUCAAGAGUGGUUCAAAAGGUUAAAGUGUCUUACCUUUCUUAACCAUAUCUUUCACCAAAAGGGGAGAUAAAUAUUGUUUCCUCAUCUUAAGUUAUUGUAAAACCAAAUUGAUGUGAAUAUUAAAUAUUAAAAAAUUGUAAACUAAA